CCCUCACUUUGCUGGUGGCCUACCAGACAAGCGAAUCAUGCUAUACGAGAUCAUAUUUCUUGUUGCAAUUGCAACGUCCGCUUUUGCCAUAAAGCAAGCUGAUGUUGAUUACAUCUCCACAAACUUAAACGUUAAGUAUGACGUCAUAAACAACCUCCUGAACGGAAAGAGUACGUUUGUCUCCAAAAUCACGCUUGAAAACACGGGCGGAAGUGACAUCAAGCCGGGAAGCUGGGAACUGUUUUUCUAUUCCCUACACUUAAUUCAACCCAACAGCUACCCGUACAAAGAUGGAUUCCUGUUUUCUGAUUGCAAAAUGAAAGUCUUUCACAUAAAUGGUAAUCUAUUCAAACUGAAACCAGAGAAUACAUUUAGACUUAAUACUGGUGGAAGUGUCGAGUGCAUUGUUGAGGCUAGCGACUGGCAAAGCAUCCGAUUCGAGAGCAUGCCCAACUGGUACGUAGCAGCCGAAGGUCUGAUCCCCAGAGACAUUAUUUCAACUCAAGGCGAGGCUCUGAACUUCGUGGGACCUUUCGACACGCCAGAGAAAUAUCUCAGGUUUCCGGGCGACAAAUUCGCGCCAUUUACACCGGAAGCUAGGUAUUCUUUGAACGAGGCCAUGACGAUUCCUGGAAUGGAGGAAAAGCGGAUUAUUCCCACGCCUGUCGAGAUGUCGUUACAAAGAGGGACAGCAAAUAUUGAUUCUACCUGGGUAGUGGUUGGGUCAACGAAAUUCUCCAAUGAAAUCAGUUUGUUAUCAAACCAUUUUGGUGUAGCUGUUCAAGAUACAAAACCAGGCCGAAAAUACAUUCAGAUUACGGAAGUAAACAAUCUCAACAUCCUUAACAACACCGAAACUCACGACGAAGCCUAUCGGAUUGAAAUCUCCAAAUUCUCUAUUGAUAUAUCCGUCAGAACUGCGACGGGCGCGUUCUACGCUUACCAAACUCUGCGAAGUUUAAGCAAUGGCGGAAAUGAACUUCCGGUCGGCACCAUCAAAGACCAGCCUCGAUUCCAGUACCGGGGAUCCAUGCUCGAUGUUGCAAGGAACUUUUUCCCCAAAGAAGAAGUUUACAAGCUUUUAGACGCAAUGGCCAUGUACAAGUUGAACAGGUUUGUGUUCUACUUGACGGAGGACGAAGGCUGGCGGCUGCAAAUUCCAGGACUCCCGGAACUUACCGACGUUGGAGCACAGCGAUGUCAUGAUUUAACCGAAAACGAAUGUAUUAUCCCCCAGCACGGAUCUGGGAGCGCUAAAGGUGGAUUGGGUUCCGGCUUUUACACUGUCAAUGAUUACAAAGACAUUCUUCGCUACGCAAACGACCGCCAUAUUGAAAUCAUUCCGGAAAUUGACAUGCCCGGAAACAUGGCUGCCGGGAUCAAAGCUAUGGAGGCACGAUUUCGAAAGUACAUGCAACAGGGAAAUAAAGUCGCUGCAGAAGAAUAUCUUUUGACAGACUUUGCGGAUACAACUCAAUAUUUGUCAACCCUUUCUACAGAUAAUUCGAUCAAUGUCUGUAUGGACUCCACGAUAGCGUUUAUACGCUAUGUUAUCAAGGCCAUCAAGAGAAUGCACGAAGGUAUACAGCCGCUCAAAGAGUAUCACUUUGGAGCUGAUGAGAAACGUGGUCUUUGGAAAACGGGCCCAGAAUGCCAGGCAUUCCUACAGAGGACUGGCAUCAAAGACGCUGACGAACUUAAGAAAUAUUUCCAUCACGUAAUGUCCAACUUAACAGACCAUGAAGGUUUGAACGUCGCUGGGUGGUCGUGGGGAGACGGGGUUACUCCAUACGACCGGACAGAUUUUCCUCAGAACAGAGAUAUUACGGUGUACAGCUGGGAGAACAUUUGGGAGGAAGGAAAUGGAGACAAAGCUUACAAGCUGGCUAACGCUGGCUACAAGGUUGUCUUAAGUCACGCUUCCCACCUCUAUAUGGAACAUCAGUACGAACCGGAUCCGGAAGAACGAGGCUCUUCCUGGGCGUCUCGCUACAUCGACAGCCGCCGGACGUUCGGAUACGCCCCCAAAAACAUCUACUAUAACGUGGACAAAGACGAGAAUGGAGAUCCGGUAACUCUGGAGAAGAUAUGUCCCAACGGAAACUGUCUACAGCUGGAGAGACCGGAGAAUAUCAUAGGGUUACUAGGGCCGGUCUGGACCGAGGAAACUCGAACGGCGGAGCAGGUGCAUGAAAUGCUAUUCCCUCGUCUCAUUUCACUAGCGGAAAGGGCGUGGCACAAAGCCACGUGGGAAGAAACAGACAAUACACAGGAGCGGAUUCAACAGACAAAUAUGGAGUGGACAUCUUUCGCGAAAUCGAUGGCAAUCAAAGAACUUGGUCGUUUGGAGAAGAUAGGAAUUCAGUACCGUAUACCCUUACCUGGGGCAAGAACAUCCAUGGGCAAAUUGGAGACUAACACAAUUUUCCCUGGCCUCGUUGUGGAGUAUAGUACGGACGAUAAACAAACAUGGCGGACGGCUACAACCGAUACAAGCAUUGUGGGAAGAAAUAACGUGUAUCUGAGAACAAGGUCCGUGGACGGCACUAGGUACAGUCGAGUAGCUCUUUUGAAGACAUAAUGGCUCGUGUGUAGGCCGAGCAAGAAGACAACUGGACUAUCUUUUUUUUUCUUUUAUAAAACUGAAGUAUAGCCAUAUAUUAAAGGUUUACUUUAUGCUUGACAAUAAUCUCCCUUAGAUUUUUGAAUAUGAUAAAUUCAGCUACAUGUAUAUAUAUGUAAUAUCAUUUUCACAUAAUUUCUAUUUAGAUAUAGAAAAAUGCCAUUAAAUUAGUGCUAGCUGUAUGUUUUGAGUAUGUGCCUAUAUGUAUCUGUAUUCAUAGCUAUUCUUCUUACGGAGAUUAAUUUAGUUUAUACACGAUUUAAAAAAUCCAACCUUUUUGGUAUAUUUGAAGCGUUACUUCAGAAUAGGAAUACAUAUAUUGAUAACGAAAUAAAUCCCAAGUGAUUUGCUCACAUUCUUAAGUAUAUAUUGAACUUGUGCAUGUAAGAUGCCGACUUAAAAGGUCAAUUGUGAAAUAGAACAUGAAAAAAUUCACACUUUGUUGUCAAAAAACUUGUCGAUCUAUGAUCCAUUCAUACAAACCUCACUUUCAAAUUCUAGAGCACUAUGCUUUAAGCACCUUAAAACAUCGAUAGUUUUUAUACUUUUAGACAGAAAUGGCAUAUUUUACAUUAGGUGAAUGACUUUAUUUUCCAUUUCUUAAAGUCGUUUUAGUAUUAAGUCGUUUUAUAGUAGAUUGUAGUGUUAAACUGCCAUCUUCCUGUGCAUACGAGUAUAUUUUAUUUUGUUUUCUGGUGUAUUUCUGAUUUGAAUCUUUAAUAUGUUGUGUAAACAUUUGAGUUUGAGAUGUAUGUGUAAGGAUCUUUUUUGGGGGGUUAAAUUGUAUAUCUUUGCUUGAUGCUUUGGUACUUGCUAAUUCAAUAAAAAAAUAAACAA